CGUUCAGAUGAAAAACAAAUAAACCGUGAGAGAGGGGGAAUCACGCGCUUCAGAAAACGAGAGUGGAGAAAAGUGAAUAUGAAGAAGCCAUGCCGAAGUGUCGGAAGAGAAAGUGGUCCCCAUCUGGACACGUCAGAGAGAGAACUUGCCACGCUGUAAGGUCGUAUUCAAGACUGACACAUGUCAAAUGCUGACUUGUCCUACCAGUUUGCUCAAUUACAGAGGAAAGAAAACCUGCUAUCUCCUAUACAACUAUUUCAUCUUUUAUUUAAUUUACCCGAUGAUAGA